AUGAACACCACAGAGCACCACGGACUGAUCCAAGGCUACCACAACAGGAGCCAAACCUCAACUACUUUGCCACUUGACAAGGACUUAUCAGCUGAGGAGAAGGACUCAUCGACGGGAUGUUAUGAACAACUGCUGAUUUCCACUGAGGUUUUCCUCACUCUGGGCAUCGUCAGCCUGCUGGAGAACAUCCUGGUUGUUGCUGCUAUAGUCAAGAACAAGAACCUCCACUCGCCUAUGUACUUCUUCAUCUGUAGCCUCGCUGUUGCCGACAUGCUCGUCAGCGUCUCCAACGCAUCUGAGACUAUUGUCAUUGCGCUCAUCAACGGAGGCAACCUCAUCAUCCCCGUCACGUUGAUCAAAAGCAUGGACAAUGUGUUUGACUCCAUGAUCUGCAGCUCUCUGUUAGCGUCUAUCUGCAGCUUGCUCGCCAUCGCGGUCGACCGCUACAUCACCAUCUUUUACGCGCUGCGAUACCACAACAUCGUCACCCUGCGGAGGGCAAUGUUGGUCAUCAGCAGCAUUUGGACGUGCUGCACCGUGUCUGGCGUACUGUUCAUCAUCUACUCAGAAAGCACCACGGUGCUCAUCUGCCUUAUCACCAUGUUCUUCACCAUGCUGGUGCUCAUGGUGUCGCUGUACGUCCACAUGUUCCUGCUGGCACGCUUGCACAUGAAGCGAAUCGCAGCGCUGCCGGGCAACGCGCCCAUCCAGCAGCGGGCCAACAUGAAGGGCGCCAUCACCCUCACCAUCCUGCUCGGGGUGUUCGUGGUGUGCUGGGCGCCCUUUUUCCUCCACCUCAUUCUCAUGAUCACCUGCCCCAGGAACCCCUACUGCACCUGCUUCAUGUCCCACUUCAACAUGUACCUCAUCCUCAUCAUGUGCAACUCCGUCAUUGACCCCAUCAUCUAUGCCUUUCGCAGCCAAGAGAUGAGAAAAACCUUCAAAGAGAUCUUCUGCUGCUCGCAUGCCCUCUUGUGCGUGUGA